AUGGUCGUGAAUUCUGGGCAGAAGACGUUGGUACUAACCUCUUGUGUCCGUCACCAGCAAUCCCGUCACCCUUACAAUCAACAAGGCUAUUUGCCCAACGGAGCUGCACCUGGUCAUCAAGGUCCUCUGCCUGGUGCAACGCCUCUUCUCCCGAACCAGGGCCGGGUCAUCCAGACCGGUCCCAUCAGAGUUCUUUGCGUCGCCGAUGUCCGAGGAAACCUCCGGUCGUUGAACGAUCUCGCAAAGCAAGCUCGCGCCGAUCAUAUCAUCCACACUGGCGACUUCGGAUUCUACGAUGAUACGUCUUUGGAUCGCAUUGCAGAGAAGACCCUCAAACAUGUCGCCCAGUACUCACCCUUGAUCUCCGAAUCUACCAAGAAGGCCAUAUCGCAGGGCGGUGCGGGCCCUGUCAAGACGCGCUUCCCCCCAAGCGAACUUCCCCUCUCGGAACUCCCCCUCCUCCUCAGUGGCGAGGUGAAACUCGAGGUUCCCGUCUACACAGUGUGGGGCGCCUGCGAAGAUGUCCGAGUGCUCGAGAAGUUCCGAUCCAAGGAGUACAAGGUGCCCAACCUCUUCAUCAUCGAUGAGGCCCAAUCCAUGCUACUCGAGAUCGGAGGCGUCAAACUACGACUUCUUGGUCUCGGUGGCGCCGUCGUCAUGCAUAAACUCUUCGACAAUGGCGAAGGCAGAACUACAAUUGCAGGUGGACAGGGAACUAUGUGGACGACGCUACUGCAGAUGGGAGAGCUCGUGGACACUGCAAACCGUGUCUACGACCCUACCGAGACUCGGGUCUUUGUCACGCAUGCUUCGCCAGCGCGCGAGGGUAUCCUGAACCAGCUCUCAGUCACUCUCAAGGCAGACUUCUCGGUCUCUGCGGGUCUUCAUUUCCGCUAUGGCAGCUCGUACAACGAAUUCAGCGUCAACCCGAGCCUGGAUCAUUACCGAGGCAAGCUCGCUGCCUCCAAGGCUUCGUUCCACGAUGUUUGGGAGACGGUCAAGGGCGAGGUUGAGCCAGCGAUCCAGCAAAACGAAGCGCAACAAAACCUGCUUAAGAACGCCCUUGGAAUCGUCGAGAAGAUGCCCACGACUGCUGCCGGUGGUAACCCCUUUGGCGGUGCAGUGGCUGGUGGAGCCGCGCUCGGGCAGGUCGACGAGAGCGCGUUUAAAAACAUGUGGAACUUCAACUUGGCCGAUGCCGCGUUUGGGUGGCUCAUCCUCGAGGUCCAGGAUGGCAGGAUUGGUACAGAGAUGAGGGCUCAGGGGUUCAACUUCUCCCACCGUGGUGCGAAGCAACAGGUCCAGGCUGGGCAGACAGCAGCGUCUUCGACUGGCCCAGGCCAGAUGCCCGCUGCGGCCCCACCGUCGACCCAAACAGCGUCUGCCUCUGUUCCGGGAGCGCAGAGACAGCAGCCACAGGUGCAACCUCAGAAGCCCGCCGCUGCAACCCCCCUAUCUUCUCAGUCGAAGCCCAUCACACCGCAGCCUGCACCACCAGGAACGGCCUCCCCUGGCCCCCGAGAGGCAGAGAAGAUAGCCCCGGCAGCCAAUGGCACGGCACACGGUCCCGAGCCCACCCCAUCGCCUGCUCCGAAGAACCCUGCCGAGAACAUCAUUGGCUUGUUUGUCAUGAAUGCGCAAAGUGAUGAUCAGAUCCGCGAUCUCUUUGCCGAGGAGGACAAGAGCAAGAUUGUCAAGAUUGAGAAAUGGGGUGCGGCAAACAAGGUCGUACAGUUCAAGACGACGGAGGAUCGCGAUGGUGCUAUGGAUCGCUUGCCGGAUGACGCAAAGAACCGCGCACCGGGACAAGAGGAUCGCACUAAGCCCCUAGUCAGAAUCUUCCAACCCCCUCCGAGCCGCCAGUUUAGCACUCGUGGCGGCGCUGGCAACUGGGGUAGCAGCCGAGGUGGGGGCCGAGACGGGAACAAUGCGCAGAGCGGAUACAGGAGCGGCGGCGGAGGCGGCGGCACUGCUAGCGAUAGCGAAGGUGCUGGGCGGCGCGGUGGACGCGGCGGAACGCGGGGACGUGGUGAACGGGGACGCGGCCCUCGUGGCGGCCCAAGAAGUGGCUUGAAGGGUGAAGGGGGCAGCUCCAGCCCGGCACCAGCCUCUGCUGCCCCGGCUGAUUCGUAG